AUGGCUAGUGAGGAGAGUUUUGUUGUUCUGGUUCACCACAGAGGAUCCAUUAAGAGAAAAACUCGUUCCGGAGUGAAGUUCACAGAUAAGGAUCCUCUCUGUAUUGACGUGAAUCCAACGAUAAGGUAUGAUGACCUUGUUAGAUCUGUGCUGAUGAAACUUGGCCUGGAAGGUGCGAAGCGGGUUAAGAAGUUUUUCUAUCGCAUUCCAGUCUCGAUCCUGCACGAUACGGUGAAGUAUGAUUGUCUCACGAUUGGUAGUGAUGAGGACCUGCAAGUCAUGUUUCUUUGUUGGAGGCAGUUUCCGGAGGUGAGGACACCAGAAUUGCUCGCAAAGCUGGUUGAUGUGGUAUCCAGCUCAGGGGGUUCGAACCGGAAUACCACCAAUGUAGCCACGGCAGCUGGUUCCAGUUCCAGGGCUGCCGUGGCUUCUUCCUCCGUCCCAGUGUACGAGCCAGCGGUCCAACUUGUCGCCUCCCCGUCUUUUGCUGUUGAUCUGAAUGACGGCGUAGGCGACGAGGUAGGAUCCUUUGAUAUUCUGCCGAAUGCCUUACAGGGCGUUCCACUGGUUGGCGUCGGAGACGGAGUCUUGGGUAAUGCAGAGGAGGACGACGUCGAGCCGGAUACGAUUGAGGAUGACAGCGGCGACGAGGUUGGAGUGAAUGGGCCUGCAUUGGCGGGCGGUGGUUCUAGCUCUGGCACACAGCAGUAUCCACCACAUUUUUCCUCGUUGGACCUGAACACCAUGAGGCAUGAGGGGGUUUUAGGGCACGCUGUUGGAUUCGGAGCUAGAGAUGCGGAAGGGACUGCUGGUCUGACAGAGUUCCAGGUUGGUCAGCAAUUCCAGGAUAAAGAUGAGGCCCUGUUAAGUGUGAAGACUUACAGCAUCCGGCGAGGGGUACAGUACAAGGUGGUGGAGUCCGAUCACCGCCGGUAUGUGGGCAAGUGUUCCGAGUUUAGGAAUGGGUGCACAUGGUUGAUUCGACUGAGUCUCCGGAAGCGCAAGGGCAUUUGGGAGGUCAAACGGUACAAUGGACCUCACACUUGCCUGGCCACAUCCAUCUCGAGUGACCACAGGAGUUUGGAUUAUCAUGUGAUUUCGGCGUUCAUUAUGCCAAUGGUUAGGGCUGACGCAUCCGUGAGCAUAAAGGUGCUCCUGAACGCCACGGCAGCGCACUUUGGUUUUAGGCCGACUUACCGGAGGGUUUGGAUGGCAAAGCAGAAGGCUAUUGCCCUCAUCUACGGUGACUGGGAUGAGUCAUACAACGACAUACCUAGGUGGGUGUUGGGUGUCCAGCUGACGAUGCCUGGUAGUGUUGCGGUCCUUAAGACGAGCCCGGUUCGAGUUGGAGGACAGGUGGACGAGUCUCAAGCGUACUUCCACAGACUUUUCUAG